AUGUCUCUCCAACGUCUCGGAUUUGCUGCUUGCGCGUUGUUCCUCGGAGCCAGGGCGAUCGACACCAUUAGUGUCCCGGAUGUCAUCACUGCUGAUUCUCCUUUCACCUUGACCAUUACUCCCAAGGAUGAUGAUGAUGCCUCGGGCAACUAUCGCAUCUAUCUCGAUACCACCCCUCCUGGCUAUGCCGGUGGCCAGUCGUGCUACCUCAAAAACACAACCUCUAUCGACAUUACUGCUGUCAACCUGACCAUUCCCGCUGACUUUGGACCCAACGGCGACUUCUAUUCCAUCUCCACCCGCGAUCUUUCAGACUCGGAUACUGAUGCUAGCUAUGUCUUCAGCAACGCCUUCAACCUCACUGGCGCAACCGGAAAGUACUCUGAAUAUGAAAACAAGCUGAACGGCGCACCUCUCUGGGACGCUAACAGCCUUCCCUGCGAAUCUUACAACUGUGCACGUAACUGCGCUCAGAACUCUUACCCCAAGGAUAUGAUUCCUGGCUCUGAUGCUUUCAAUGCCAUGCGUGCUUGCAUCAUGGAGUGUCCUGGUGUUUCCAAGGAGACAAAGACUGCUUCUUCGACCUCGAGCACUGCUACGAGCACCAAGACUGGUUCUCACUCUAGCACUUCUGCUUCUGCCACUGGUACUUCUACUUCUGACGAGGCUUCAUCGGCUUCCGACAGCGCUGCUGCCGCUUCUUCGUCAACUGGCGCUGCUUCUGCCAAUAUGGUUCCUGUCUCUUUGGUCGCUGCUGGUGGACUUCUCGCAUUCUUUCUGUAG